AUGGAACAACAAAGCACCCCUGUCACUUCCACUCCAAGACGUCCAGCUAGUGACAGUUUCGACAACGGUGACGGAAAUCGUCAACGUAUGAAAAAACGUCCGAGAAACAACGAUCAUCCACCUCGUAAUGAACAAGUCGAACAACAUCAUCUUCCUACACUUGUUCCUUCUCACCACCACCAACAUUCUUUUAAUAUGAACGUUCUUAAACGGGCAGUUUCUAACAAUCUACCAUGUUUUUUCAUCAUCUUUGAUGCUUCUAUUGAACCUAACAAUAUUCCGUCUAGCAUUCAAGUUGCUAUUAUGCUCAAGAAAUUAUUUGUUAAUAAUCAAUUACCUAUUAAGGAAUUGUCGAUGUGUGUACAAGCAGGUGAACGAAGAUUCAAAUUUGCUGUAGGUGAUAAAGCUGAUUUUUUAACUUUGUUCAAUUGGUCUUGGCCUGAGGAAAUUGAAGAAAAAAAAGCUGAAAUUAUCAAGCCUCAUACAUUGCCCGAUUGCUAUGCCUUGGUAGUACGAUACGUUCCUUUAGAUAUUAAUCAAGAGAUUGCCCGACAACAAAUCUUAAAGACAAUUCCUGCUGCAGUUAGUUUUUCAUCUAUCCAUUAUCAUCAUCGUCAACGUCCAUCAUAUGAUAUUCGGUUUUCUGUACGUAGCCUCGAACAAUAUAAAACAGCACUUGAACUAGGUCGAUUAUCGAUUGGACAACAUUAUCUGCCUCUUACAACAUUCCUUACUGGCUAUCGACUAACUUACUGCACUGCCUGUUGGAAAAUUGGUCACCUGAGAGACAAAUGUCAAUCACCGGUCAGUUGUCGUAAGUGCUUAGUUCCGUAUACUAAUGGAGUAAAACACAGCUGUCAAAAUGAUAUCUUUAACUGCGCUCAAUGUGGUGGAAAUCAUUUUUCCCUUGAUUCAAUUUGUCCAGUUGUAAAAAAAUAUAAAGAAGAGCUUAAAUUAGCUGUUGAUAAAGCAUUAGUCUCCGGUGCAAUCAAAAGAUCAACACCAGGGGAAGUAUCCCGUCCAUUUCAACAACAGGCGAACGAUUUUCCAUUAUUAAAUCAAGCUCAAGUAAAUAGUCGUUCAGCAUGGAUUACAUCUGACAAUGAAUCUUUACAUUUUAACCUAAAAAAGGAGAUAAGUGAACUUGUUGUAGCGAUCAAAGCUUUAUCAGAGACAAUGAUUCGGACUGAGAAAAAUUUUAACGAUUUGAAUAGCCGUAUCGAACUUCAACAUAAACGUACUAUACUUCACUGCAAUAGUAUAAGUGCUAUUAUCGAUACGGUACAACUUAUGUCCAAAUGGGUGCAGGGUAAUAAUAAUGAAAGAUCCAAAUUAAAGAAAAAUAUUAACAAGUCAAUUGAAGAUCUUCAAGAAUGGAAAAAACAAUUGGACUCGAACAAAAACAAUGAAUCCAUUGCUUCAAUCCCUUCUCCCCAUCCAAUUACAACUAACAAUAUCAUCGAUAACAACAAUAACGGGGAAGUAGAAAUAAAUGACGAUCUUUCAUUGAACUCUCUAGGCCAAGAUGUCUGA